AUAAAUAGAAAUGCUCGAGCCCCGCCCUGCACUCGGAACUUUAUUUCUUCCUAGCCUACUUGCAAUCUUUCUACUUUCCACAGCUGCUGCUCUUAUUCUGAGCUACUCAUUCCUUAGCUAUAGCUUGCAAGAGAAAGAAGAAGAGUCAACAAUGAGCGUGUCACUGUUUGAUGGACAGCAGAUCCCACUGGUUGGGCUCGGGACCUGGAAAAGCAAGCCUGGUCAGGUUGAGUCUGCAGUCAGUGUUGCUCUUGAUGCAGGGUAUAAGCUCAUUGAUGGUGCUCACGUCUAUGGGAAUGAGCAAGAGGUUGGAAAUGCUCUUAAAGAAAAAAUAGGUGCUGGUCUCAACAGAAAGGAUCUCUUCAUAGUUUCCAAGUUAUGGAAUACUAAGCAUCGUGAAUCUGAUGUUCGUCCGGCUCUGCUGAACACUCUUAAAGACCUUCAGUUGGAUUAUAUUGACCUUUAUCUCAUUCACUGGCCGAUAUCAUUCGUCCCAGGUGACAAUAAGUUUCCCAAGAAUCCUGAUGGAUCAAUGCAAUACGAUUCGGUCCCACCACUUGAGACAUGGAGAGCAAUGGAGAAACUUGUUGAUGAGGGACUAGUGAGAUACAUUGGACUAUCAAACUUUAACAGUCAGCAAGUUGACGAGAUAAUGUCAAACUGUCGUAUCCAGCCAGCAGUUCUACAGUGCGAGGCUCAUCCUUACCUCAAUCAGCAGCGUCUCCUUGAUCACAUCUCAAAAUAUAAGAUUGUAUUCCAAGCUUACAGUCCUCUUGGCUCUCCUGAUCGUCCAUGGGCUCGCUCCGGUGAGCCGGUACUACUAGAUAACCCUACGGUAGCAGAGAUUGGAAAGAGGUACAACAAGUCGGUGGCUCAGGUACUCAUCAGGUUCCAAGUUGAGAGAGGUGUUGUGGUCAUACCCAAGAGCGUCACUCCAGAGAGGAUUAGAAGUAAUUUUGAUGUUUUUGAUUUUAAGCUAACGCAGGAAGAAAUGCAAACACUAUUGGGUCUUGAAACGAAUUGGAGGGCAUGUCUCCCCACUAUUGAGGUGGAUGGUAAACAAGUCCCACGUGAUGCAGGGCACCCUCACUAUCCAUUUAACAUUCCUUAUUGAGGACUUUGCUGAUUUUGUUUAUUAUAUUAUUAUUCUUGCUGUUUAUUGUCUGCCUGCUGAAUUAUAUAAUAUACCAAUAGUUCCAUAGUAUAAUCAUAGAUACUUUAUUAUUAUUAUUAUUAGAAUUUACCAAAAA